AACCUUAAACAAAAACGAAUGUCAAAUUUAAUGUAUAUGUUGACACAGUUUCAAAUUAGUUUAGUGUUCUCUUCAGUUUUCUGUAUUGGCACUGACUACUAGUCUCUGGUAUUGGUCUCUAGAAAAUCUCUGAACUCUAUUAUAAAAAUGGCUUCGUCUGAUGCAAUACAAGUAUGCUCUUUACCCCUUCCGCCUAUGCAAUAUGUAAAUCAAUAUACAGAUGAAAUGAUUCGUAGAGGAAGGGCCCCAAGGCCUCCACCACCGAUUCAGGAUACUUAUCAUAUGUUUGGAAACGCAUUCAAUACGGAGGAUAGUAUUAUAAGGCCACUCGAAAGUCAGGGAAUCAAGCGAUUAUAUCCUUUACAUUUUGAUCGCAAAAGGGAACUGAAAAAGUUAAAUUUAUCGCUUUUAGCAAAUUUUUUAGAUUUGCUCGAUCUCCUAGUGAACUGUCCAGAUUCUUCAAAAAGAGCUGAGAAAAUAGAGGACUUGAGCCUAUUAUUUAUUCAUAUUCAUCAUUUACUGAAUGAAUUUCGACCACACCAAGCAAGAGAAACUUUGAGAGUUAUGAUGGAGCUUCAGAAAAGACAAAGAAUUGAGACUGCAAGUAGAUUUCAAAGGCAUUUGGAUAAGGUUAUGGAAAUCCUACAGCAAGCAGUUCAAAAUUUGCCUGAACCUAUGGAAGUGGACAGUAAGCAUAACAUAGAGACAGAAUUAUUUAUGAAUCAUGAAAAAUCAGGAAAUGAAGAAUCAAAUGAUGAUCCUUGUAACAUGCUAGAUAGAAUUAUGUGUAAUAUCGUUGAUAAUAUGUAGUAAAACAUAUAUAAUGUAUAUAUAAAGAAAAAAUCGCAUACUUAAAUGUCGACAAUUUGAAUGUAUAUUGCCAGCUUUUUUCUAAAUUUUUUAUUAGAAAAUGCGGAAUGACAUUUUAUAGUUGAAACACAUUCUAUGUGGAAAAUUCUUGUUUUAUCGAAUCCAUCUACAGAAAAAAAUCGUUCUGGGUGAUAGAAAUAUUUUGUAUUUUAAAAAAUGUAACAGAAAGAUUUAUUUACUACCUUUCUUGUGGAAUUUUUUAUGCAUCUGUGCAUGUCUAUUUUCUUUAUUAUAAGGACUAAUAUAAUAUGUAUAUAAUUCGCUCAGUAAUUAUUUUUUGUUUUAAGUGAAUAUUUUCAAUGAAUAAUGGAAGUAUUUCAUUGUCGAGAAUAAUAUUUAUUCUGAAUAAACCUAUGAUAAUGUAUUAUGAAAGCUUUGGAAAAAGAUCUUUUAAUUUAUUUUAUAAAUGUUAUUCUUGAUUGAAUGGAAAACAAAUGAUUUUAUGUUUGAAAAUGAUUCCAAAUAUAAUAUUGUGUUAUAAGAUAUGAUUCUUUCCCGGAAAUGGCGACAUAAGAAUUAGUUUUCUAAUAUAGAAACAUAUAUAAUACUAUCCAUGCAGUACUUAUUUCAACUGAAUAUCAUACGACUCUUGUCGAUGACUAGGAGUAUUCUAAACUACAGUUUCAGACAGAUAUAUCAUCAUUUUAUAGAAAUAUGAAAUAAUACAAUGUACAUUUUGAACAUGAUUUAUAACUCACAAAAAAACCUAUGGAAUAGCAAUAAUUCUUCAAAAUAAAAAACAAAUAUUUUUAAGUC